AUGGCUAUUGCUCAGAAACAGCUAGAGAGAAAAGAUAAGGGAGGAAGGCCGCGGAAAAGGGAGGAGGAAUCAUCUGGUUUCAACCAAAUGAUGAACAAGAAAGUAAAAUAUAAUCCGGAGAAGGCCGCAGGUCCAAAGCGAAAGAGAGCCACAGAAGAUGACUUGUACGAUAGCUAUGAAAUUAAAUACAACGUAAUGGAGCGAGCAAAGGAAGUUCAAGCUAAUUUAUCAUGUGAAUUCCCUUCAAUGAUUAAGUGUAUGCUUCCAUCACAUGUUACUGGAGGAUUUUGGCUGGGUCUUUCUAAGCAAUUUUGCAGCAAUCAUUUGCCAAAGCAGGAUAAGAUUAUCAUUCUAGAAGAUGAAAGUGGGGAAAAGUUCGAAACGAAGUUUCUUGUUGACAAAGUUGGCCUGAGUGGUGGAUGGAGAGGGUUCUCCAUGGCACACAGACUAGUGGAAGGAGAUGUCUUAGUUUUUCAUUUGGUCGAAUCCUGCAAAUUUAAGGUAUAUAUUGUGAGAUCAAAUGGUACAGAUGAAGUUGAUGGUGCCCUUGGACUUCUUAAACUAGAUGCUUGUAGUAGAGAAACCGAUUUUGUGAAGGAUAUUGGAAUAUGUGUAAGGGAGGUUAAGCCUUUGAAGCUAGAGGAUGUGUCCGAAGAAAAUGUUCGAAACAAUAGCCUAAUGUUCUGUGAUACUAAACCAAUACCUGAGCCACAACAUCCUCGGAGCAAGAAUCUUGAACCUGAAGUUCAGGAUGGAAUCAGAUUAUCUGACUCUUUUAUUGAGUUUAAACAAGUGAAAAGCUUCAAAGAUUUCUCCAUCUGUGUAAAUGGUUUGAUUAUAAACUCCAUGUUCUCCAAACAUCUUCUAGUGAAAUACUACGAGCUUUGUUGCAGCCAAAAGUCAUUCCUUCAUGACCAUCUUCUCGAGGGUCUUAACUGCGGAUUAAUUACUGGAAUUAUCACCGAGACAAUCAACAUUGCAGAUGCAAUAAGAGCUUCCAAGCUCACUACCUCCCAAGAAGAUUUUUUUAUUUGGGAAAAAACUUUGAAAGCCUUUGGAGACUUAGGCAUGAAUGUUGGCUUCUUGCACGUGCGGCUAUAUGAACUUUUGCGCCUUGCAUUGAAGUCGAACAGGUAUAAAGCUGCUAGGCUUGAAUGGAAUCAGGCUGCGGAGGAGAAGAGAGUUAUAGAAGCAAAAAUAGUGGAACUAAACAUGACAAUGCAUAGGCUAGAUACUGAGAUUAAGUCCCUUGCAAGAAAUGAUCACGAGCUCGAGCUUAAGUUCCAGGAAGUUGCAAAUGCACCCUGGUGAAGAGAUAAUAUAUUUUGCAAGUGAUUCUUAGAUUUUGUUUUGAAUCAGAAACUACGAGAUGUGGGGGAUUUUUUGGCCUCGGGGAAUCGCUGUUGUUUUAGA